AUGGAUGAGUCAAAGAGCACAGCAGGUACUUCUUGCUCUGAUGAUAUAAGUGAGAAACAGGAACCUCAAUUUUGUUUGAGAUGGGAGAGGUAUUCAUACGCACCGCAGCGGCCUCGAGGCACUUCAAUCAUUCUAAGAGACGAUGAAAAUGCUCGUAAUCUCUCUCCUGUCAUUAAAUAUGCCAUCUCUAUUGCGGUUUUAUACACAGCUUUUGUGGCAACCUUUGGAAAUUCGACCUAUACUGGAGGUAUGCCGGGUGUCAUGACAUCUUUUGGGACUUCCAAGACACUGGCCACCAUUCCAAUAUCUUGCUACUCUGCGGGACUUGGUAUCGGUGCAUUAUUCUCAACGGCAUUUUCGGAAGUCUUCGGUAGAAGAAUAGUCUACAGAGUCACUGCACCAUUAGCAUUGGUUUUCACGCUUUUAGGAGGUUGUGCUACAAACUUUGGUACUGUUGCUAUCGCCCGAGCACUCGCUGGUCUCUUCGCAUCUCCUUGUCUGACAGUCGGCGGAGGAAUUAUAAGCGAUAUAUGGAAUAUAAGUCUUGAGAAAACUGGAACCAUAUUUGCUGCGUUGUUUGUACUUUUUGUCGUCGCUGGUACCCAAACUGGGCCAAUGGCCGGUGCAGCGAUAAUAACGAAUCAUUCAUGGCGAUGGGAGUUCUGGGUUUCAGCUAUCCUUUUCGGAGGAUCUACCAUCAUUGCCUAUCUACUUCCCGAAACAUACCAACCACAAUUACUCCGUCAACGAGCGGAAGCUAGAAUGGGCCUUAUUACCACCAGAGCUACACUUACCAGACUCGUUCUUACUUCUCUCGGAAGACCUUUACAUAUGCUCUUGGUUGAGCCCACAGUUUUUCCAACUAGUCUAGUUAUGGCCAUAACACAAUCUGUUGUCUUUUCAUAUUUUGUUUCUUAUGCUACUCUAUUUCAAGAAAUUUAUCAUCAUUCUCCUUAUGCGGUUGGAAUGGCAUUUUUCCCUUUGAUAGUUGGGAGUAUAACGGCAAUUCCCACAAUUGUCAUCUUCGAUCAAAUAUUUUACCGAAAACCAAGAAUUGAAGCAAUUCGAACAGGGACAAAGGUGGCACCAGAAAAGCGUUUAUAUCCAGCAAUGCUAGGGUCCAUCACACUUCCGAUUUCUUUAUUCUGGCUAGCAUGGACAGGUCGCGCAGAUAUCCCAUCAAUCGUCCCCAUUCUUUCUGGUGGACUAUUCGGCUUCUCAUUUGUCCUAACAAUGCUAUGCCUCCCAGUUUAUCACAGCGACUUCUACACUGCUCACUACAGCGCCUCAAUGUUAGCUGCCUUAACAUUCAUGCGCUUCUUCAUCUCAGCCUCUUUUCCACUCAUCACACCAACAAUACUCGAUAAACUUGGCUUUACAUGGGCUACUUCAAUGCUAGGAUUCAUUACUAUAGCUUUGAUACCAAUACCUUGGAUCUUAUAUCGUUUCGGUCCAUAUUUGAGAACGAAAAGUCGAUAUAUACAGGCAUAA